AUGGACCAUCUGCAACAUUUCCCUCCAGUGAUCCUCAGCUACUCCGACCCCUCCGAGUUUGACUAUUCGACCUUUCUGCAGCAGGCGGAAGACAUUCCUUUCCCAGACCCAUCGCAUCACACGUCAGCAGGAACCAUUUUAGCAUCUUCUUCGCGCCAGGCAACACCCCCAAGCUCCGACGGACGAAGUACAUCUGCUGCCACCGACACGUUGGUUGUGCGUCGGCAAUCCGCUCACAAGCAGAGGUUGGAACGGAGGGGACACACCAAGAGCAGACGCGGAUGCUACAACUGCAAGAGGAGACGCAUAAAGUGUCAGGAGACUCGUCCUGCAUGCGGCCAUUGUGUCAAGACGGGCUUGAAAUGUGAAUACCCGUCCGUGCCACAAAUCGUCCAUCAGCCUCACCAUCAGAUUCCCCUCUUCAGCUUGCAGGACAUGCGAUUCUUCCAGCACUUCCUGACUCAGUGCUACCCUCACCAUCCAUUGAAGCAGGAGGAGAUUUGGACUCACGAGAUCCCGUGCAUUGCCCACAAUCAUGAAUUCUUGAUGCACGCCAUACUGGGCUUCGCGGCAUCAGAACUGGCCCCCAACGACAGCUUAUUCGUCCAGGCAGCUAUGAAUCACCGCAUCAAAGCUAUCAAAGCCAUCAAGAGACGGCUUUCUGAAUCUGCGCGCGCCCAAACGAGCUACGAAGAGGCCAAUGCGCUCGUCGCCACUUGUUUCGCCUUGACCUUCCAGUCUGUUUGCCUAGAAGACGGCCUGGCAGAAUAUAUGACAUUUAUCCGGGGUAUCCUCAUCGUUGGAAUGCAAAUGAUGUUUAAGGGGAUCAAACCCAUUUUCGAGAAUCUGUUUGAAGACCGCCAGGACGAGAUAAUGGAACCUUAUCUACGAGACCUACCACUGAUUCAACGAGGGUGGGCUGACACCGCUGUCGAAGCCAUCUCAAGCCUGCGGCCACUAUGUGUCGAGCCAGUAGAAGUUGAGUACUACGAGCAACUACUUGGCAUCGCAGGGAAGCUCCGAGUAAACUCGUUUGACGCAUACAAAUCCAACAGCAGACAGUAUGCGUGGUGGAUGAUGCUACCACACAGCACCUUCCAACAGCUCAUCAACCUCGACAGACAGAGCAUGAUUCUUCUUCACGCACAUUGGAUCGCUUUGUCGCAGAUCAUGGCAUUCAUCACCGAGCGCGAGUACGACGUCUGUGAAAAGAGACCAACUUGUUCAACUGAAACCGGACCUGCGCCAGGUUUUGUGAAGUGGUUGAAGUUUCUAAACGCCAGAGUAGACUACGAGCAUCAAUCAUACAACCAGUGGCCGUUUUGGGUAGAAGCACAACUGGACAAGGACCUCACCUUUUUUGGACGACGACUAUAG